AUGAGUCUUCCGGGUGGAAUAGAUGGUUCGUCCAAAUCACCGUCGAAUUGUGUGGCUUGUGAUCGCCCGGACAGCAGCGAGGACAUGGUGGCGUGCGACGGUUGCGGGUCGUGGUACCACUAUAGCUGCGCAGAUGUUGAUGGAAGCGUCGCAAACCUUCCGUGGACGUGCGGAUCAUGCGGGAUAUUGAAUCAAACACCGAUUCCACAGAAAGGCGCUCGUAAGGUAGACGCGAAGAAAGGAAGUAAGCGGCUGACGGUCCCUGCUGGUCCCGAGAAGUCUUCGAAGAUAUCCGUCGUCAGCAAAGGAACCUCGCGGAAAAGUAAGAAAUCCGGAGCGGAAGAUCAAGUAAGUUCAACGUCUAGUGCUAGGGCAAGGCUCGCACUCGAGCUAAAGAUGGUAGAUGAGCAGGACCAGAUUAGGGCGGAAGAACUUCAGGCCGAGCUCGUGAUGAAAAAUAAAAAGUUAUUACUUGAGAAGCAGAACAGGGACCGCGAGUUAGCUUUAGAAGGCAAAAAGUUAGCUGAAGAGAAGGCUUUUCAGGAAAAGCAAUUAGAAGAAGAGGAGAAAACCCGAAAAGCGAUGUUGGAGAUGAAACGUCUGUCAUUAGAAGCAAAAAAGAGCAUCGUCCGACAGUUCUCUCAACGCGGUAGUGAAGUGUCCAGUGUCAGUGCUAGUGAGGUGACGAACUCCGAGGAAAAGGUGCGACGUUGGCUGCAAAAGUCCGGCGAGCAGACAGAGGGAAACAUGCAAUCCACGUCAGCAGCAAAGGAUAGCAGCAAACUUCCGGAAAUUUCCGGAGAAAUAAAAUUCAACGAAGCACAGGAACCUAUCUUCAACGUAGCAAAGAAGAGCUUCUUCAGGGAGAUGCCUCGCGAGAGGAAGGAGCAUGAUGAUGGUGAAGACGUCGCGUACAAUGUUCGUCCACGUCUGACAGCAGGGAAUGCAGCUCAAGGUGCAGCAAGCGGGAGCAUGUAUGAUCCUACCGACAAUGGCCCGACUAGUCGGCAGCUGGCAGCCCGGCAAGUCAUGGGAAAGGAUUUGCCCACCUUUUCGGGUAAUCCAGAAGACUGGCCCAUCUGGAUAAGUAACUUCGAACGCUCUACUGCUACGUGUGGAUUCUCCUUGGAUGAAAACCUGAUCCGGCUUCAGCGCAGCCUCAAAGGCCCGGCGAUGGAAAUGGUACGUUCCAGACUUCUUUCCCCUGCAAGCGUUCCGCAUGUCAUCAAGACUCUUCAGAUGCGGUACGGUCGUCCAGAAACACUGAUAAGGGCGCUUACCGAAAAGAUUCGACAGCUUCCUUCUCCAAAAGUGGAUAAUUUGAACAGCAUAGUCGACUUCGGUUUAGCGGUGGACAGUCUGGUGGAACACUUGAAGACAGCGAAACAACAGGCGCAUUUGGCGAAUCCGGCAUUGUUGCAUGACCUGGUUGCAAAGCUUCCUGUGGAAUACCGAAUGAAGUGGUCAUCGUACAAAACCGAAAUUCCGAUAGUCAAUCUAGGAACGUUUGGAAGCUUUAUGUCGUCGGUGGUGGAGCUAGCCUUUGAAGUGAUGGAUGACCAGCCAAUGUCGAAUGCAACAAAAACAGCACAACAAAAGCCCAAGGACCGAAAUUUCAUCCACGCACACUCGGAUAGUACUUCGGUGGAGUGCACUUCUUUACAGAACGAUCCGAAAUCUCCAGUGUAUCCGACAAAGAAGGUCUGUGUUGUCUGCAAGAAGGAGGGACAUAAAGUAACAGAGUGCUUCCUGUUCAAGGCGAUGAACAUCGAUGGUCGUCUCAAGGUUGUCAGUCAGCAUGCACUCUGUAGGACUUGUUUGAACCAACACGGCAAAUGGCCAUGUAAGACAUGGAAAGGAUGCGACAUAGAAGGCUGCCGUCUUCGUCAUCAUACGUUAUUACAUACUUGUGAACCAGCGGUUCCGCUAGUAGUGUCCACUAGCCAUUCGGAACUACUGAGUGAGAGUGGCCCGAUUUUCCGGAUUUUGCCUGUAACACUGUACGCGAAGGAGAAACGAGUUGAAGUGUUCGCAUUUGUGGAUGAAGGAUCACAAAUUUCUCUUCUGGAUGUUGCAGUAGCCGAUGAGCUGGGAGUCACUGGCCCGUCAAAUACGUUGAAUCUCCAGUGGACCGGAAACGUAACGCGGGAAGAGGUAAACUCCCGUGUCAUCGAAAUGAAUAUCUCCGGCGAGACGUCCACCAAGCGCUACAGGAUGAUGGAUGCACGAACAGUCGAAAGUCUCCAGUUGCCAACACAAUCACUAAGUUACCGGAACCUGGCGGAAAAGUAUCCGCACCUUCGAGGAUUGCCGAUUGCCGACUAUGAAAACGUCACACCGAAACUCCUUAUUGGUCUUGACAACCUGAAACUCACGAUUCCACUGAAAAUUCGGGAAGGACGUUGGGGGCAACCAAUGGCAGCCAAGUGCCGUUUGGGUUGGAGCAUCUACGGUUGCUCACGUUCAGUCACGGAAUCAUUCACCUGUGGGUUUCACGUUGGAGGAUGGACCAAUUCGGAGGGUGAGUUGAACCAACUGGUCCGAGAUUGCAUAACGCUGGACAACUCUGGUGUUCAACCACCGCUCACUCCUCUAGAGUCGGAGGAGAAUAAACGGGCUCAACAGCUGCUUCAAACUACCACGCGUAGGGUCGGAAAUCGAUUCGAGACCGGUUUGUUAUGGAAAUGGGACUACAUCCAGCUACCGGACAGCUAUGGGAUGGCGUUACGUCGGCUACACUCCCUAGAGAAGCGUCUGGAGAAGGAUCAACCGCUGUACGAUAGCGUCCGGCAGCAAAUGCGGGAGUAUCAGCAGAAAGGCUACGCACAUCGUGCUACCGAAGAAGAACUAGCUACCACAAGUUCAGAGAGGACAUGGUACCUGCCACUGGGAGUAGUGCUGAACCCAAAGAAGCCGAACAAGGUGCGCAUUAUUUGGGACGCCGCCGCAAAGGUAAACGGAGUAUCGCUCAAUUCGGUUCUCCUUAAAGGACCCGAUUAUCUUGCCUCUCUGGUCGAAGUCUUCUAUCACUUCCGUCUUUACGCCGUUGCUCUGACGGGAGACAUCAAGGAGAUGUUUCAUCGCCUGUUCAUCAGACCGGAGGAUCGACAAUAUCAACGUUUUUUGUGGCGAGAUCUAUGUCAUGGAUGUUGCCAUAUUCGGUGCGACGUGCUCUCCAAGCUCCGCUCAACACGUUAA